AUGGACGCCGCGGCGGCCGCGCUAGCUGCAGCACCUGCCGCUGGCGUGCCACCCCCUGGCGCAGCCGCAGGGGAGCAGCAGGCAGCUCCCCGGGUUGAGCGGCUCAGCGCGGGGGUGCAGCAGCAGCUGAACCUGGAGGGGAUGCGCGCGCGCGCGGUGGGGCUGUACAAGGCCAUCUCCCGCAUCCUCGAGGACUUCGACGUCAUCGCCCGCACCAAUCCCAGCGCCUCCCCCAAGUGGCAGGACGUGCUCGGGCAGUUCUCGAUGGUGAGCAUGGAGCUCUUCAACAUUGUGGAGGACAUUAAGAAUGUGUCCAAGGUGUUUGUUGUGUACCCCCGGAAUGUCAAUGCCGAGAAUGCUACAAUACUACCUGUAAUGCUGUCAUCAAAACUGCUGCCUGAGAUGGAAGUUGAGGAAACUACAAAGAGAGAGCAACUAUUGUCUGGCAUAACUAAUCUACCGGUGCCUACACAGAUUGAAAAAUUAAAGGUUAGAAUAGACAUGAUUGGAAGUGCUUGCGAAACUGCUGAGAAAGUAAUUGCUGAAUGCCGUAAGAGCUAUGGGCUGGGAACCCGUCAGGGAACAAAUCUUGGUCCUACAUUGGACAAAGCACAAGCUGCAAAGAUACAGGAGCAGGAAGGCCUACUUAGAGCAGCAGUAAAUUAUGGUGAAGGAUUACGGGUACCUGGAGAUCAGAGGCAGCCACAAUCUCUUCCUAGCCAUCUGAUAGAAGUGCUUCCUUUAGGAGAUGGUGCACAAAAUUUUGGUGAUAGUUCUGGUAGUUAUCCCAAAAAUACGUCAACAUUUGCACCUAAUAAUGUCAACAACCAGGGAAAUCAGGUUCAGGCAUCCGGAGGACAGUUACAUGGAAGACCUGCGCCAUCACCUGGAACCACAGGAACCCCUAAUUUCGAGAAUGUGUCCACUCCUCCAAUGCCAUAUGCUAACUCUCCUAGGUCAGGCACCAAUAUGAUGAAUACCCCUUCCCCUCAGCAGCAUCUUACACCACAACAGCAGAGGCAGAAGCUGAUGCAAGCGUCUCAACAGCAGCAACUGCAUGCUCAGCAGCUGAGGCCAUCAGCUGCUGGGAUGCUAGCACAGAGCGCACUUCCUCAGCUACAAGAUUUACAGGGGCAGACUCAACAAAAACUACAGGUCCCUGGUCAACAGCAAAUGCAGUACAACCAAGCCUUGUCACAACAGUUUCAUAACAGACAGAUGCAAUCUGGACGUAUGCAACCAGGCAUGGCUCAGAGUCAAUUGAAUCAAGGAACUCAGCUACGAAGUCAUUUGGGCCAGUUUACUGGAGCUGCAAAUAGUGCAAUGUUCAGUGCUGCACAGGCAUCAUCAAACUCACAGAUGAUGGCAAAUAUACCUGGAUCACAGUCGCUUAUGCCACAAAUGCAGUAUGGUAUGGCUGGUGGGCAUCCACAGAGGAGUCAUCCCCAAAUGCUGACUGACCAAAUGUUCGGUAUGGGAGCCACAAAUAGCAGCAUGAUGGGAAUGCAGCAGCAGCAGCAAGGGGUAUAUGGGAACAUGCAGGCAGGUGCACAGAACAUGCAACAGGGUAUGGUGGGCCUUCAGAAUCAGACCCAGAAUCCCAACUUCACUCAGCAGAGGCAACAAAAUCAGCUAUGA